AUGGCGUCCGACAACUCUCCCAGCGCUUCAGCAACAGAAGCCACAUACACAACCUGGACCCCUCCGGCAAACUCGAGCUCAAACUCGCAAUCUCAAUCCCCGAUUUCAUCGUCAAACGCGCCCCAAAUUCCCUCCAUCGAUACCUCAAUCUACCCCAACGGCAAAAAGUCCCUCUCCGGAAUCUCCCUCCGCGCCUUUCUCAUCGGCACAACACUCGGCCUCUCCCUCUCACUUACCAUCUCCCUCCUCGACCUCAGCAACCUCUUCGAGAACCCGCACUACCUCUGGCGCCUCUCUUUCUUCCUAGCCGCGCUCGCCCUCUUCCAUUUCCUCGAAUACUACGUCACAGCCGCCUAUAACACGCGCCACGCGACAAUCUCCGCCUUCCUCCUCUCCUCCAACGGCUGGGCAUACAACGUCGCGCACUCCUCCGCCGCGCUCGAGUGCGCCGUCGCCUACUACUUCUGGCCGCGCGACUCGUACUUUGAGUCUACGGGCCCGGUAUGCGGCGUCAAGGUGCAGGUUGUGGUCGGGCUGGCGCUUAUGGGCGUUGGUCAGGUGGUUAGGACGCUUGCGAUGGCGCAGGCGGGGAGUAACUUCAACCAUACCGUGCAGGUUGAGCGGAAGGACGGACAUACGCUUGUCAAGCAUGGGGUUUAUGCGGUGCUGCGGCACCCGAGUUACUUUGGGUUCUUUUGGUGGGGGUUGGGCACGCAGUUGGUAUUGGGGAAUGUGGUUUGUUUCGCGGGGUAUGCGGUUGUACUAUGGAAUUUCUUCAAUAGUCGGAUUCGGAGGGAGGAACGGUUUCUGAUCGCUUUCUUCGGAGAUGAAUAUGUCGCGUACCGGAAGAGCACCUGGGUUGGGAUCCCUGGUAUUCCGUGA